AUGUCUGGAACCGACAUGCCCUACACUUUCGAUCAAGACCCAUUAGACAUGGACACAAGUAGUGAAGUAGUUUAUCCAAAAGUAGGCGGCUAUGGAGGCACAAGUCACCAGAGGUCAGGAUCAACAUCUGCGCCGAAAGCAAAAAAAGUGGUGUCCAUCAAUCCGUCAGACACUAAAAAGUCAACACAGUUACUGAAAACAAGAAACUACUCUACAUCAAAUGCAGUCGACAACGAACUAACCCCACUCCUACAUCCAUCUGUUUCUCUACCUACGGUUGUGGGCUAUGACGGAUUCAGUGAGGAUUAUCAACCUGGUCAUACUGCGACUACCACUCGAUCAGAGAUUGGCCAACAAGAACUUGCACGAAAGAAGCGACGUCGGCCGAGAUACAACACACUUCAGGCAGCGAACAGAAGAAAGAAGCCAAGGUGA